AUGAAAAUCUUAGCAUGGAACUGCAGGGGGUUUGGGAACCGGCGUGCAGUUCAAGAGCUUGUCGAAAUAGUACAAGCACAAGAUCCCAUGAUUGUGUUUUUGUCAGAAACAUGGUCAUCUACGGAGCAUAUGAGAUGGGUAAAAAAUCAGAUUUUCUUUGAUGGGUGUUUUACGGUUUCAAAUGAUGAUAGGGGAGGGGGUUUAGCUUUGUUGUGGAAAACAGGGGUGGAUGUGUGGGUGGAUAGUUUCUCUAAGUAUCAUAUUGAUUCUAUUGUGCAUGGGGGUUCAGAGAAUGCUUGGAGGUUGACUGGGUUUUAUGGGGAGCCUGAUACAGGUCGACGGAAUGAGGGGUGGAACAUGCUUCAAAUGCUUAGCUCUAAACCAAAGCUUCCUUGGUGUGUUUUAGGUGAUUUUAAUGAGUUGCUUGAGGUACAAGAGAAGAGAGGUGGGGUCCCUCGAGCACACUAUUUGAUGCAAAAUUUUCGUGAUGUGUUGGACCUUUGUGGAUUUGUUGAUUUGGGAUAUUCGGGUCCAGAUUUCACUUGGCACGGUAGGCGUAGGGGGGAGUGGAUUUGGGAAAGAUUAGAUAGAGGUAUUGCAAAUUAUGAAUGGUUGACUCGGUUCCCUACAGGAAGGGUGAAGCAUUUGAAUUGCUUUACAUCAGAUCAUCGGCCAAUUCUUCUUUCUUUGGAUGGGUGUAUGGAGUACCAAAAGUGGCGUCGAAAGCCUUUUCGGUUUGAAGCAAUGUGGAGUUCAGACCCUGAGUGUAAGGAGGUGAUAGAAAGGGCUUGGGAUUGUGCUCCUAAUGGUAAUCCAAUGUUUGUGGCUGCCACUAAAAUUAAAAGAUGCAAGAAACAGUUAAAGACCUGGAGUCGGGUCCAUUUUGGCAAUGUGAAGCAACAGAUAAAGCAAGCAACGAAUCAAUUAUGGCAAGCUGAAGAGGUUUCGGCCAGGACUGGGGAGCAUGAGGAGGUUAUCAAGAUUAAAAAGGAAUUGAAUUCACUUUAUGAUAAAGAGGAGAAGAUGUGGCAAUAG